AUGCGCCCCGAUAUCGAUUUGGUCUGCCUGCAGAACACAGCUACGACCUCUACGGCACGCGCUAUCAUUGCUUACGAAGCCGUCAACCAGACUAGUUCAGCCUUGAUGCCCAACACAACCGGCCACUCCUGGUCGAGCAACAAUUGUCGCAAUGACCCCCUCAACCGCACAAUUCCCUACUACCCUCUCACCCCUACCGACCCCACUACCACGCAAACUAUUACCAUCAGUGUCGGCUAUAAUGCUACCGGCGUUAUCGUCAUGUUCAUGGAUGAUUCUUCCUUCCGUGCAGAUUAUAACAAUCCCACCCUCCUCGCCACCAAGCAAGGCAACCUCACCUUCCCCACCGACCGCAAUGUGUAUAACUUUGGCACCAACACUACCGUUCGGCUCAUCUUCAAUAAUACCUACGCUACAGUCCAUCCGAUGUACCUUCACGGCCACAGCUUUUGGGUUCUUGCCGAAAGCCAAGGAACGUGGGAUGGCCACAUCACCAAUCCGUCCAACCCCCUCCGCCGCGACACUCAUAUCCUACAGCCCGGGGCGGCUGAUCAUCCUGCGUACGUGGUACUGGAAUGGCGGCAGGAUAACCCGGGAAUCUGGCCCUUGCACUGCCAUAUGUCAAUUCAUUCGAGUGCCGGGAUGGUUAUUUUGGUCAUGGUAAGGUCCUAUUCACUGCUUUUCCUUCUUCUUUUCUUGUAA